AUGGGUUCCGUCGCUCCUAUACCACGAGAGCUUGAUGCCUCGAACGUCAAGGUCACCCGCUCCACUAACCUCCGUGUGGUUCCCCAGCCGGGUUCGCCAGAGGAACAGAGCCAUUCGCACUGCACAGAUCACAUGGCCACCGUCAGAUGGACUGUGGACAAUGGAUGGGACACACCCGAGAUCAGACCCUAUGAGAACCUCAGCAUCCCGCCCACCGCCAGCUGCUUGCACUAUGCUACCGAGUGUUUCGAGGGCAUGAAGGUGUACAGAGGAUACGAUGGCAAGCUGCGAUUGUUUCGGCCGGAUUGCAAUGGCGAGAGACUCGUCAUGAGCUCCCAGAGAGCCUCCCUGCCUGGGUUCCGGUUCGAGGAGAUCAAGGUUCUCAUCUCCAAGCUGAUGCAGAUCGAUGGACCCCGGUGGCUCCCCAAGGAUCAACCCGGUCGAUUCCUCUACCUCCGUCCCACCGUGAUCGGCAACGGCCCUCAUCUGGGCGUGCAAACACCCAAGGAAGCCCUCCUCUUCAUAAUCGCCGUCCCAUGGCCCGAUCCGUCCAAGAAGCCCGUGGCUCCUGGUACCAAGCCUGGUCUGAAGCUGUUCGCCUCGCACCCUGACUCGAUCCGUGCCUGGCCCGGUGGUUUCGGUUACGCAAAGCUCGGAGCCAACUAUGGCCCAUCCCUGGUUGCGCACGCCCAAGCGCAAGCCUCAGGCUUCGACCAGAUUCUCUGGCUCUUUGGACAGGACCGCCAGGUGACCGAGGCCGGUGCUAGCAACUUCUUCAUCGUCUGGGAGAACAAGGACACUGGCAAAUUUGAGCUUGUCACCGCUCCUCUUGAGGACCAACUCAUCCUGGCGGGUGUCACCCGGCGCAGUGUCCUGGAGUUGGCGCGCACGAGGCUGAACAAGUCCAUUGGCAGCCUCGCGCCCGUCGAUGUUGUCGAGAGGACAUUCACCAUCGCCGAGGUUGAGCAAGCCUGGAAGGAGGGACGCAUUGUUGAAUCCUUUGUUUCCGGCACUGCUUAUUUCAUUACCCCCGUCAAGCUCAUCAGGAACGGAGAUCUCGAUAUGGAGAUUGAUGCGGGCGUUGAGCGUGCUGGAUACGCCGCCCAGAUCCGGUCGUGGCUGGAGGCCAUCAUGUAUGGCAAGGAGGACCACGAAUGGUCCUAUCUGAUCGAGGGAGAGAUCGGAAACUAA